AUGUUCGUGACGCUGUCGCCCACGACACUCUCAUUCAUCCUCCUCACCCUCGGAUACUUCCUCAUCAAGUACCUCAACUCCACCGACCAACCAAAGAUCAAAGGUCUUCCUGAAAUCCCCGGCGUGCCCUUGUUCGGAAACCUGCUCCAGCUGGGUCAGGACCAUGCGAGAGUGACGGCAAAAUGGGCCAAGGAGUACGGCUGGCCUGUGUUCCAGACCAGACUGGGCAACCGCCGCAUUGUCUGGGCCAACACAUUUGACUCUGUCAAGCACCUCUGGAUCACGAACCAAUCGGCCUUGAUCUCUCGACCUACAUUGUAUACUUUCCACAAUGUCGUCUCGAGCAGCCAGGGAUUCACCAUCGGCACGUCUCCCUGGGACGAGUCAUGCAAGCGGCGCCGCAAGGUGGCGGCCACGGCCUUGAACAAGCCAGCCGUCCAGAGCUACAUGCCUUUCAUCGACUUGGAAAGCUGCGUCGCCAUCCGGGACAUGUACAAGGACUGCAAGGAUGGAACGGUUGAUCUGGACCCGCGAAAGUACUUCCACCGCUUUGCGCUGAACACCAGUCUGACGCUUAACUAUGGUAUCCGGAUCGACGGAGGCAUUGACCAGGAAUUACUCCGAGAAGUGGUGCACGUUGAACGGGUGGUGUCGAAUUUCCGCAGCACCUCCAACAACUGGCAAGACUACAUUCCACUGCUGCGACUGCCGUUCAUAUCACGGCAGAACAAAUCGGCAGUCGAGUACCGCGAACGACGGGACCGGUACCUGACGAUAUUCCUGAACAUGCUCAAGGAACGCAUCGCCAACGGCACGGACAAGCCGUGCAUCACGGGCAACAUCAUCAAAGACCCCGAGGAGACGCUGAACGAGGCAGAACUGAAGAGUAUCUGUCUGACCAUGGUGUCGGCAGGCAUCGACACCGUGCCUGGAAACAUGAUCAUGGGUCUUGGUUAUCUGGCGUCGCCGCAGGGCCAGCAGAUCCAGAAAAAGGCCUACGAGGAGAUCAUGAAAGUGUAUCCCAACGACGGCGAGGCGUGGGAGAAGUGUCUGCUCGAGGAGAAGGUGCCGUACAUCACGGCACUGACUAAGGAGAUUUUGCGGUUUUUCACCGUCAUUCCCGUGUGUCUGCCACGCACCAGCAUCAAGGACAUCAAGUAUAAUGAUACCGUCAUCCCCGCCGGCACCACUUUCUACAUGAACGCCUGGGCGGCCGACUACGACGAGAAACACUUCAAGGAUCCAGCACAGUUCAUCCCGGAGCGAUACCUGCAUGAUCAGGAGGGCAGCGGCACCCCGCAUUACGCCUACGGUGCCGGCAGCAGAAUGUGUGUCGGCUCGCAUUUGGCCAACCGUGAGAUCUAUACUGCCUUCUUGCGCAUGAUUGUCGCCUUCGAGUUCGUCCCCGCGAAGGACCCCAAGGACUGGCCCAUCCUCGACGCCCUCGAGUGCAAUUCCAUCCCCACCGCCUUGACCACCGAGCCCAAACCGUUUAAGGUCGGCUUCAGGAUUAGGGAUAAGGCUGCCUUGGAUCGCUGGAUCAAAGCUUCCGAGGAGAGGACCAAGGAUUUGUAA